AUGGAUGAAAUUUGUAAUGUAUUAAAGGAGUUUAGUGAAACACCAAGUGAUAAUAUAAUUGAUUUAUUUAAAGAAUAUAGUAAAAGUAAAAGAGAUAAAACGGAAGUUAAUUCAAAACUUAAAAAAAUAAAAUGUACUAAACUAAUGGCCUUUGAUGCUAACGGUUUGUACGCUUCCGCCAUGUCGGAUUUAGAUAGCGAAUAUCCGGGAGCAGAAAGCGGUAGACCGUUUCUACCGAAAGAAAAUAAAGAAUUUGUUAAGCUCUUUAAUGAGCAGAAAUUCAGACCUAGAACGCUUAAGAUAAAAUUACUUUUACGAACAAAAAAAGGUAAUAAGGAAAGUGGCACUAAAAUCAGGUUCAGAAAUGGUUUCUGUUCAGAAGUUUUAACAUCGGUCGAUAUUCAAGAAAUUGUGAAAGCCGGUGGACGAAUUAUUAAAAUAUUAGAUGGUAUAGUAUACGAAGAAAAUUUUAAAAUGCCACCAUAUAGAGAUUAUAUUUUAAUUUUGAGAGAUCUAAGAAAUAAAUAUAAACGAGAAGGCAAUAUCGUAGGUAGUAAUUGCAUGAAAUUAUUAGGUAAUUCAUUGUAUGGUAAAUCUAUUCAAAAGGAUAUAACUACAUCGAGACAUUUAUGGAGUGAAGCAACUUUAAAAGCCAACUUCGAUUCACACGUCAAAAGCUAUCCUAAAGUAAAUGAGACUCAAUAUUUCAUUGAGAUAAAUGAAGAAGAAAAAGAAUUUGACUGUACACCUCCUAAAUCUACACGACUAACACCUAGUCAUUUGGGAUCAUUCGUAUUAUCUCACAGUAAAAAAAUAAUGAAUAAUUUUAUUCACGUAAUAGAUGGAUUUUAUAAGCCGGAAAUAUACUAUACAGAUACUGAUAGUUUAUACAUUUCGUCUAGCAAUUGGGAUAAAUUAAAUGAAGCUGGAUUGGUGUCCGAAAAUGAUUAUUGUAAAGGAAAGAAUGAUUACGGUGAUGGUGGAAUUAUAUAUGGUUUAUAUUUAACGCCAAAAGUUAAAUACAAUAUCAUUCUAACUUCCGACGGUAUUCUAAAAGAAAAGAAAACGUUUAAGGGUUACUCUAAUGAUAAGAUAGCUGUAGAAGAUGAUAUUCGAUUAGCUAGUGGACAUGAUGUGACGAAUGAAUUUAAGAAACCAUGGGAAAAAAGUUUCACCAAUGGAGUAGUUAUUCCAAAGGAUGAUGAUAAACAAAAGAAAGUUUUUAGAAGUUAUUUGAAUCUUGUAAAGAGAAAACCACCAAACAGUGAAGGAAUUAUGUUUCCUUAUAAUGAUAAACAAGAGUUUAGUUUUGAUGAAAACUAUGAAUUUGAUAAUUUGCAUUACCUUACUAUUCAUUACAUAUAUAUUCAUGAAGAGAAUGAAGAGUGA